AAAACAGAUGGACGGAGUGGAUUUGUCACGGGAAGCUCCGUGGGCUCCACACAACUUCCAACUACAGCAACUUCCUGUGCUAAAGCUCCGUCUUCUCGACUGCCAACAUCGCUUCUAAGCUUCACGGAAAUCAACCACAGCAACAGCCACAACGACGACGGCCACAACAAAGACAACAAACACAGAGAAAAUUUCUUCCAUUAUUGGAUUUAUUAUUAUUAUUAUUAUUAUUUUAAAGAUGGCGAAAAAACCAGUCCAAUAUUCCGUGAUCGAUGCUUUCACCGAUUCGCCGUUCAAGGGGAACCCCGCAGCUAUCUGUUUGUUGGAAGAAGAGAGAGAUGAAGAGUGGAUGCAGUCAGUUGCGAUAGAAUUCAAUAUCUCAGAAACGGCUUUUCUGCGUCGGGUCGAUCCCGAUGUUGAUAAUGGAUCAGAAAAUGGCCAUCCAAACUCUAGAUUCCAUCUCCGAUGGUUCACACCUGUUGAAGAGGUCAAACUUUGUGGUCAUGCAACCUUAGCAGCUGCACAUUUUCUUUUUACAUCUGGUUUAUCAGCAACGAACAGAAUUGAAUUCUUCACAAAAUCUGGACUUCUGACUGCUGAAAAGAUUGACAGGUUUAAGCAAUUAGACACCUUAAGGUCUUCGAAUGAUAAACAAGAAGAACGCUUCUCUAUUGAAUUGGGUUUUCCUACAAUCCCGUUUGUCGAUUGCGAUUCCACAGAGAUACCAUCAAUUCCCCAAACAUUGAAUGGUGCUUCCAUGCUGAAUGUAAAGAGAACUACCAACGGUGAUGUCAUUGUGGAGCUGCCAUCAGGAAAGGCUGUUGCUGAUCUCCAACCCCAGUUUGAUGAGCUACGGGAAUGUGCUGCAAGCGGGGUUAUCAUUACAGGACUGGCUCCUGAUGGAUCUGGAUUUGAUUUUUUUACUCGUUUCUUCUGUCCAAAGUUGGGCGUCAAUGAGGAUCCCGUUUGUGGGAGCGCACAUUGUGCACUAGCACCUUACUGGAGUAAAAAGUUGGGAAAACAUGAUCUUAUUGCCUACAUGGCAUCUCCACGGGGUGGAAGAUUAGACCUCCAUCUAGAAGAGGAGACACAUCGAGUACUCAUCCGAGGUGAAGCUGUUAUUGUCAUGACAGGUUCUCUUUUGGUUUAGGCUUUUUGUGAUGGCUCAACUAUGAUUAUUUAUAUCAUCAUUAGAAAAAUUGCUCGCUUGUACUUCAUUGUACUGCACACUCUUAUUUGCAAGCAUCCAUGGUCAUUUCUGUACAUGUGCACAUGCAUGUAUGCCAUUGGCAUGCAUUGGGCCCACAUUGUCAAGUACAUUUCUAUAUCAUAUCCAUGCAUUUGUCCAGGUCAAUGGUAAGCAGAAUUAUGCAUUUGUCUCUGGGUGUAAACAUUAAUGUAAUGGUUUACCUUAAUCAUCAUACUUAGUGAUAAUGAUUUCUCUAA